GCAGCACCCUCCCCUUCCCCCGCGGCUCCAGCGUCUCGGCGACGGGCGCGCUGGGCUGUGGAGCCGGCGGCGAGCUCCAGGCAAGGCGCGGCAUGGAGACCCCGCAGCAGGGAGCCCGCCAGUGCCCACCCCGUGCCCUUCCUCCAGUUCCAAGUGGAAGCCAAGAUGAAAUUCCACUUAGUCGUCCAAAAAGAAAGAAGCCCAAAGGAAAAAAUGCACUGGAGGGUAUCGUUCAUGCAGCUGUCCGUCGGCCAUCUGAGAGUAGCGAGCCUCUAACUCCUGAGGUUCAGGAUGCUCCACCUCAGAGGAAACGCAAGAAGAAGAGAAUGCCUCCCGAGUCUGAGACCUCUUUCACCCAGCAGAAUGUUCCCAACACAUCCUUUUUUCAUACUGGAAAUGGCAUGGAUCCCCAGCCCUCUGAAGAAACAGUGAUUCGUAAACAUCGGAAAAAAACAAAGAAGACUCGGCCAGCAGAAAUACGCUGCUCCAAUGAACUGGGAGUGGAGGAAGAGGACAUUAUUGAAGAUGAACAAACAAAAAGUCCAGAUCAGCAGCUUGUGUUUGCUGCUCCCACUGGUGCUAGCCAGCCUGUGAGCAAGGUGUUUGUUGAAAAAAAUCGGCGUUUCCAGGCAGCUGACCGCACAGAAUUGGUUAAAACCACAGAAAACAUUGAUGUAUUUUUGGAUGUAAAGGCUUUAUGGACCACCAGGGAUGUGGCACUCUCAGUGCACCGUGGUUUCAGGGUGAUUGGACUCUUUACUCAUGGCUUUCUUGCUGGCUAUGCUGUGUGGAACAUUAUUGUAAUAUACAUUCUCGCAGGAAACAAGCUAUCCACACUCUCAAACCUGCUAGAGCAGUACAAGGCCUUAGCAUAUCCUGCUCAGAGUUUCCUUUAUUUGUUGUUGGCGAUCAGCACAGUUUCAGCCUUUGACAGGGUUGACUUGGCUAAAGCAUCAGUAGCAGUGCGAGGCUUCCUGACCCUGGAUCCAGCAGCCAUAGCCUCUUUCUUAUACUUUGUUGCUCUCAUCUUGUCUCUGAGCCAGCAGAUGACAAGUGACAGAAUCAACCUCUAUACACCACCUUCGGAGAAUGGGAGCCUCUGGACUGCAGGUGCAGAGGAACAGAUUCUUCAGCCAUGGAUUGUGGUGAAUCUGGUGGUGGCCCUUCUAGUUGGGCUAUCGUGGCUCUUCUUAUCUUACCGACCAGAGCUAGAUCACAGUGAAGAACUGAUGUUUCAUGCUGAAGUAGAAGAAUUUCCUCAGCUGGAUAAAGGCCUCACUGUCCAGUCGUAGUGCAGAAAAUGCAUUUUCAUAUACUGUAGCUGAGACUGAGGACUUAGCACUUAUACGUAUUAUACCUGUAUAUAAUGCUUUUCUACAAAACAAAAUUUGUAUUUUUGUACAUUGUUUUAUAUAUAUUUGUUGCUGAUGGAUCUUUUAUUUUAAUUAUGCUAUUUUAAAAUAUUCCAAAGAUUUUUGAAAAUAGAACUAUAAAAAAUGUUAUAUAUUUUUUUUCUGAUAAAGUGAGUCUUUUCUGGGAGAUAAACUCA